UAGGUAGGUAUAUAAAUGUCUCGGAAACAAGUGCGGCCGAGCAUACACGAGAGAACGAGUGUACGAGCGAGUUUCUGUCAAUCUGUCAGUUCAUUCCUGACGUUCCACAUAUCCGUCAAUUCUAAAGUGCCAGUAAAUAUGAGGGCUCUAAUUAUAUUGCUCUUGACUUGGACUUUUUCGACAUCCGCCAGACCGGAACCUCCAUCAUCUUACUUUCCGCCUUCAGGAGGUGGUGGUGGCGGGGCUUAUCCGCCUGGAAUAGGCGGCACCGGCGGUAGUGGAAGUUACGGGUCACCGGCAGCGCAACCAGCAUCAAGCUAUGGGACACCUCAACGACAACCAAUCAUUCAUAAACACGUCUACGUGCAUGUGCCGCCACCUGAGGCGCCAGAGUACAAGGUCCCUAAGUACGUUGCACCAGCCCCACCCCCACAAAAACACUACAAGAUCGUCUUCAUAAAGGCGCCAACCCCGCCAACACCAACAUCACUAUCGCUGCCUGCUCUUCCAUCUCAAGAUGAGGAAAAGACUUUGAUUUACGUUCUUGUUAAAAAACCAGAAGAAGCUCCAGAAGUUGUUCUUCCUACACAAGCACCUACUCAACCCAGCAAACCGGAAGUCUACUUCAUCCGGUACAAAACACAGAAAGAGCAACAGAGUCAAGAAUAUGGACCUCCUUCACCACAAUCAACCCCAAUCGACAAUUAUGGUCCUCCAAGCAACGGACCUUAUUAGAUUUUAAUUAAAAAUAAAGUAACAUCAAAGGAAUAAUAAUAACUGUGCUGGCAAUGACCCUGUUCUUCCUUACAAUUAUGAAUGCCCGUGCAAAUUUUGGCUCAGACUGAAAUAUCUCACAAGUGCUUUAAAUUACGUGGCUAGAAACUGUACAUAAAUUAACGAUUACUUAUGAAGUAUUUGUGUAAUCAUUUACCAUCGCAAGAAAAAAAGUAAGUCAAACAAUGGCACUGAACUUUUUGUACAACUAAUUUUCUUCAUUCACGUAGUGUAUUAUACUGUGUAUAAAAGAAAAUAUGUACGUAGAGCUUAUAUAAAAAAAUAUUUUUAUUCUUUUUACAUCUGUUAAAUUUAGGUAAUAAUAUUAUACUUA